AUGAGGGCCACUCCUUUGCUCAUCUCAUGGCACAAUGAUAAUGCCCCUAUCUAUUCGGUUCAUUUUGACCCCAAUGGCAAGGGCAGGCUAGCCACUGCUGGAAAUGACAACAACGUCCGACUUUGGAAAGUUGACUCUACUGGCGAAGAACGGAAGGUGACCUAUCUGAGCACACUCAUUAAACAUACACAAGCCGUUAAUGUGGUGCGGUUCAGCCCGAAAGGUGAGAUGUUGGCGUCUGCCGGAGACGAUGGGAAUGUCUUACUCUGGGUACCCUCGGAGCUGCAAACACAAGCUGGACUUGGGGAAGAUCGCUCGGACGACAAAGAGACAUGGCGAGUGAAGCACAUGUGUCGCUCCUCCGGCGCUGAGAUCUACGACCUGGCCUGGUCACCCGAUGGUGUUUUCAUAAUCACUGGCAGCAUGGACAACAUCGCACGGAUCUACAAUGCUCAAACUGGACAAAUGGUACGACAAAUCGCAGAGCAUUCACAUUACGUUCAAGGUGUAGCAUGGGAUCCGCUGAAUGAGUUUGUCGCUACUCAGUCAUCUGAUCGAUCCGUUCAUAUCUACACCCUGAAGAACAAAGAUGGCCAUUUCACAUUGACACCACAUGGAAAGGUGUUGAAGAUGGACCUGCCGGCAAAACGCGUCUCGAGUAGUCCUGCCCCUCCGGAUGUGACUAGUCGUCCUCAGCAGAGCACUGGGAACGCCCUCGCGAUUGCCUCACCUGCCCCCUCGACCCCGGGCACACCGAUGGCUUCCAACUUGCCUAUGGACCCUCCCCCGGUUUCUCACAGUCGCCGCUCUUCUUUUGGAUCAUCACCCUCAAUUCGGCGCUCUGCAUCUCCUGCUCCCUCGCUACCGUUGCCCGCCGUCAAACCAUUGGAAGUGUCAUCUCCGAGUCUUAUUGGUGGCCUAGGAGUCAAAAAUGCCAACAUCUAUGCCAAUGAAACAUUCACGUCUUUCUUCCGGAGACUCACGUUCGCUCCUGAUGGAAGCCUGCUGUUCACUCCAGCCGGUCAAUUCAAGACUACUCACGUCUCAGCUGUGGAUUCUGCCAAAACCACAGACGAGGUCAUCAACACAGUCUACGUCUACACACGAGCAGGCUUCAACAAGCCCCCAAUUUCUCACCUCCCAGGACAUAAAAAGCCAUCCGUGGCCGUCAAAUGCUCCCCAAUAUACUACAAGUUAAAACAACAUGACCAACCAGCGAAGAAUGUCACACUUGAUACCUCUUCAGGCGAAGAGAUGUUCCCGUCUCUUCCCGACCCUGUUGUGUCGGCAACUCCCUCACUCACUAGUCAGCCCCAAAUGGAUCCGCCGUCCUCGACAUCGAACGAAGCCUCCAAGGCGCAGGCAUCGCCUCAGACCGCUGAUAGCGGCAACAAUGAGGCGAGUCAACAAUCGGCACCUGUGUUCGCACUACCAUAUCGAAUCGUGUAUGCAGUUGCCACACAAGAUGCUGUCUUGGUUUAUGACACCCAACAACAAACUCCGCUAUGUGUUGUGAGCAACCUACAUUUUGCGACAUUCACAGACCUGACCUGGUCCACUGACGGUCUGACACUACUGAUGAGUUCCUCUGAUGGCUUUUGUUCCUCUCUUUCAUUCGCUCCCGGGGAAUUGGGACAGCCACAUGCUGGCCCUACCUCUGUGGGCCAAAGCACUGCGAAUCCAAGCACACCCGCCGCAACUACUACGCUGCCGACUUCGACGCAUGUUCCAUCCCCGGUCAAGACGAAUGUCGCGUCUACGGCUACCACAGGCCCUGUGCCACCAGCGAGUCCCGCGCGCUCCACCUCCGCCUGCUCGGUGGCAACUCAAUCUUCUGUCCAACAAAACCCAGCCGGUGUUGUCAACAACCCUACGCCUACACUCGGAAGCGUGCCAUCGGUAACAGUGGCACACUCAGCACAGCCGGCAACACUUCCCCUCCCUCUCACAACCCCACCACAAACACCCGUUUCCAGCACACCACAGGCCUCUGCAUCGUCCAGCAGUGUAUUGGGGAAGCGCAGCGAGUCAGAGAGCGAAGGCAACAAGGAUGCUGAUCCUGGCGUUACCCAGCAGUCCAAGAAACGCCGUGUUGCACCCACUCUCAUCUCCUCGGGGACUAAUCCAUCAUCUGGGGACUCGAAGUCUUGA